AUACACAGCGAACAUAUUUGAAUCGUGCAUGGAUCAAUGUCGACCAUCGUGCGAGGACAUCACUUACGACAGCCGUGUCACGGGUAUACGGCCUAUUCCGAAAUCCAAUGGAUCUAAGGAAACCGCAUACGAGCUCACUGUAAGAUUUGCCACAGACAGCUUAGAGCUUGUGACGGAGCAACCCAGGCUUAAUAUAAUUGAAGUCUUCGGCUACGUUGGCGGCUACCUAGGAAUAUGGCUUGGGUUUUCUUUACUUCAAGCUCUGGAGUACUACCACAAUUUAAUCAGGCGCAAAUGCGCCAACCUUCCCUGGCUUUCACGCAACGUACAACGGAAGAGAGCAGAUACACCGAGACGUUCUACCGUAGAAGGCAGAAUGACGGGCAUUUUUUCGAUUUCAAGAGCAGAGCUGAAGUGACUUUUUUGUUAACGAUUUUAAGCUGCUCUCGUCCACAAAACAAAUAGAGUGCACCUACAGCCUCGUGGUAGAAUAUCUGCUUCCUAUACGAGAGCCUCUGAGUAAUAAAUCCAUGGCGAUCAAACCACCUGUCACUGAUUUUUCCAAA